GCAGAAUAAGCGAGCGUGGCGGGAUCGAUGCCGCCUGGUGGACGGGUUUGAUUACUUCGCCCUGUGUAUUUACUCCGGACUCGCCAAGGAACAAGCCGGAUCAUGAGUGCGUGAUAAAAGGGCGAGAGGCGAGUGCUGGACUGGCGACAUGACCAACGUAUAUUCUUUCGACGGGCUCCUGGUUUUUGGUUUGCUUUUUAUAUGCACCUGUGCAUAUUUAAAGAAAGUUCCACGUCUGAAUAAAUGGCUACUUUCUGAAAAGAAAGGGGUGUGGGGUGUAUUUUACAAAGCUGCAGUAAUAGGAACAAGGCUUCAUGUACCAGUUGCACUCUCUUGCCUUGUCACAGGUGUUUAUGUUCUGUUUAUUAAAUAACACCAGCAAUCCAAAACUGACCUUGAUUCUGAAUGGAACAAUAUAUUUUACAAGAUCACUCAGCGAGGAUUAAGAUCAGAAGAUGUUUUCUUUCUAUAGAAGAACUGAACACUUCAUCACUAUUCUCAUGAACUAUCCUGGAGGUGCUUGGAAGAAAUACUGGCCAAUAGAGUUAAGUGCUGGUGUAUGUACAUGGCCUAUAUUAAAUCUGACCCAAAAUUUUGCAAUAUAUGCACACUUAACAACUUGUCUCACUUAAAAAUGUCAUGAAGGAUGCAUCAGCUAAUUAAAAGGAUGCUUGACUAUUCCAUUUUUAAAGCUAGUCUUUAUGUUGUUUGGUAACUUUGUUAAAUUUUUAAUUAAACCAUCUGAAUUUUUUGGUUUCUAAAUUUAAUGUCAAGUUUCCAUAUUUAAUUGAAAGUUUGUUUGGACUCCUUUUGGCUAAGAUAUUGAGAUCGUUGUACCUUGGUCGAGUUGACUGUUUGCAUCUGUCUUCCUAAAAUGAUGUGUAUUAUAGGUUAAUAAUAAAGUUAAUGCUGUAUUGAGAAUCUAGUACUGUAAUGAUUUUAAAGAGGGAAACCUGCAGAAAAUAUAUUUUUUUGUGUUUUUGGUUAAAUUGGCCAGCCAAAUCUGUAAUUGACAUUUUAGCAAAAAGAACUCUGCCUGAUCUGCCUUAAAGUGGUCAGUUACUGGGAGCACAAUGACUGCACUAGUCACUGGAAGCUAAAGUAAUGAUUUUCUGAAUGUUGCUUCAUUCAUGCUUCUUGUUCUUUCCUUUAUCUUGGAUCUGCAGUAUAUGUUCUUGGGAAUUAUUAACUGCAUGUUGAACAUUAUCAUUUUGGACAGAAAUAUGCUGCUUUCAAACAAUAAAAGCUACUCUUGCAGAGAAAAGCGAUUUCAAAUUUUAAUAGUGAUAAUAUUUUUCAUUGACAUUUCAAGAAUGUUAUUUGAAUCUAUAUUUUAUAUCUUGCAGCUAUAUAUUUUUUUUCCAGAAGAAAUGGAAUUGAUUAUUUCUCUCUGAUACCAGCAUCUGGUCUUCUGUUUUAAAUCUGAUCUGAAAUGGUCUUAGUCUGUACUACAAAUAUGUAACAUGAUGAAACUUUCCCAAUUAAUUAUCUGCAAGUUUGUAAACCCUUUUUUGACAUAAUGUUUCUCCACAUCCCUAAUCCUCAGCUUUCUAAGUAUAAUAGUAGGGUCAUAAACCAUUAUCUUGUUUUGAAAAGAACAUGAAUGUGUACUGAAAGAACUUGCAUGGCUAGGGACCUAGUGUUGGAAAUUAGGAUUAAAUUGGACAGCUUAUUUUGAAUUGC